AACUCAGCGCUUCCCGACUUCCAGAGCGGCUCAGGCACUUGGCAGAUGACGAUCGUCUCUCAUUUGCGGAUCGCCCGUUGCAGGACGGAGCCGAUGACAUCGACCGGCCUCGCUGCACGGCGGCCCACGACUUAUCUUCGUGUUCGCAACCACUUUUUUUUUCUUCUAGCCAGAUCAGUGCCUCGUGAAACGCUAUUCGUACCUACUAGCCCUUACUCCGCACACUUUAUUCCUCUUCACUAUCCCCUCAUUCUGUUCGCCAUUCUGCUCUUCGGUUGAUCCCCUCCCCAUCUAGCCCCUUCCCUCCCUUAUCUACUUGGACCCUUCUUUCCGCGCAUCUCGACACAACCACCACUCCCAACUACCGUUACAAUGAGUCUCUGUGGUCGCCAAAAGGUUGUUCGACGUAAGAUGGUGCUAUUAGGGGACGGCGCUUGCGGCAAGACCUCGGCCCUGAAUGUCUUCACCAGAGGAUACUUUCCUACGGUCUAUGAGCCUACUGUAUUCGAAAACUACGUGCAUGAUAUCUUCGUGGACAAUGUACACAUGGAAUUGUCGCUAUGGGAUACGGCCGGCCAGGAAGAAUUUGACCGACUGCGCGCGCUAUCAUACGAGGACACACACGUGAUUAUGCUUUGUUUCAGCGUUGACAGUCGCGAUUCGUUCGAGAACGUGGCGAGCAAAUGGAUUGAAGAGAUCUCGGAGAACUGCGCCGGCGUCAAAUUGGUGCUUACUGCCCUCAAGUGUGAUCUGAGAAAGGAUGAGUUCCUCAACGACAACCCGAACGCGAUCACCUACGAAGAAGGACUGGCGAAAGCCAAGGAAAUUGGUGCUGUGAAAUACCUGGAGUGCUCCGCCGUGCAGAAUCGUGGUAUCAUGGAAACAUUCUACGAAGCUGCAAAGGUCGCCCUGGAAGUCAGAACUCAGGGCUCUAACGGAUCUGGCGAACGGUGUGUCAUUCUCUAGACAUGCCGCUGGCCAUCCUUCAUGACUUGUCGACUAUUGCAUUGCUCUGUUCUUAUACCCUUCUACCUGCUUGCUCUUCAGCCAUUGAGCUGGAUCAUUUGCUGUGACCGUUCCAACCGGGGGAAUGCCCUGGUUUUCCCAUCACUGGCAUCGAGCUAUCAUAUCCUGGGCGUUUUCAGCCUGUCAUGCCUUGCUCUGUUCUCUUCUCUAUAUAUACUUGUUGGACCCCUUGUUGUAAUCCUGUAUACCUAAUGUUUGCUCUGGGGAUACCUUCCAGAAAAGCGCGCCAGUCGGGACUCACCCAUGGCUGCUUAUCUAUAUUCCAUCAUUCGCUCUGGUCGAUCACCGCAUCGACCAUUGGUAUAGA